CCUAUGGAGGAUGCUUUCCGUCUCUGGGGGCCUCCUCUUCCUGCGCUCGUAUUGGCCUCCUGCGCGCUUCUGCCGUGGUGACGUCAGACCCUGCCACCCCUGCAGCGCUGAAUGGACCAAGCAGCCUGUCAGAUUCACUCCAAACCUGCUCAGCACGGCACGGACAUCACCCCGGGAAUAAAGACAUUACAGGGAUAGAGGGGAGCUGCUGCAGGGAGGAAAGAGAGGCCUCAACAUCAGUACCACCACACUACUUUUUCUACACGAGACGGGACGGGGGAGUGCGCCCACCGUGUUUCGGGUGUAUGCGCGUGCGUUUGUCUCCCGGUUUGGAUCACGAUGAUGCAAAGUGCGGCGGUCCUAACGACAGAGAGUCCUGUUAAGAGUUUACCGGAGAUUCUCGGAGUGCCACUGCAACAGAUCCCUCAGUGUGCCGGCUGCAGUCAGCACAUCCUGGACAAGUUCAUCCUGAAGGUGCUGGACAGACACUGGCACUCCAAGUGCCUCAAGUGCGCCGACUGUCAGACUCCACUGGCGGACAAAUGUUUCUCCCGAGCCGGAAACGUCUACUGCAAGGAGGAUUUCUUCAAACGUUUUGGAACAAAAUGUGCGUCGUGCCAGCAGGGGAUCCCUCCCACGCAGGUUGUGCGGAAGGCACAGGACUUUGUGUAUCACCUGCAUUGUUUUGCCUGCAUAAUGUGCAGCCGACAGCUGGCCACAGGGGACGAGUUUUACCUCAUGGAGGACGGGAGGCUGGUGUGCAAGGUGGAUUAUGAGACGGCCAAACAAAACGACGACUCCGAGGCGGGGACCAAACGGCCAAGGACCACAAUCACGGCCAAGCAGCUAGAGACCCUCAAAAGUGCCUACAAAAACUCCCCCAAGCCGGCGCGCCAUGUCAGAGAGCAGCUGUCCUCGGAGACGGGGCUGGACAUGAGAGUGGUGCAGGUUUGGUUCCAGAACCGGCGAGCGAAAGAGAAGCGUCUAAAAAAAGACGCAGGGCGACAUCGCUGGACUCAGUUUUAUAAAAGUGUUAAACGCAACCGAGGAGGGACGAAAGUGGAGAAGGAAAGCUCGGCCGACGACGCAGGACUCAGUGACAGCGAGCUGAGCUUCAGAGAUGACCAGGUCCUGUCAGAUCUCGGACACACCAACGGCCUUUACGGGAGUGUUGGUGACGUGACCAACAGCGGGGUGUUGAACGGCGGCUUCUCCGUCGACGCGGCGGGACAGCCGUACCACGACAUCAGAGCAGGAAGUCCCUACGGCCUCCCUCAGUCGCCCUCCUCCAUCACCUCUCUGCCCGGCCACACCCCCCUCCUCAACAACCUGGGCUUCAGCAUGGACAGUCUGGUAGUGCAGGGCGGCCCGGGUGGUGUGGGACAGGCGCUGAGGGCCAUGGUGGGGGGCCCUACCUCGGACCUCUCCACAGGCAGCAGUACAGGAUAUCCCGACUUUCCCACCAGCCCCGCCUCAUGGCUGGACGAGAUGGACCAUUCCCAAUUUUGAGUGUUUAACCUGGAAGAAGAUCGCUGUGAGGAUACAACAAAACAGACCCACAUCGCUCUUGACUUUUCUUUCUAUCAACCAGCGAGACUGGUCGGGAUGUGUAGUCUGGACAAAAGCCGUGUAAAACCCCUCCACACGGCUGAAUGUUCAAUCUCAAACCUGUAUCAUACAAUCUUCUGUCAUCAGCUGACUUUAUUUUGUUCACUUGCUCUGAAAUAGAGACUGGAUUUCAAAUCAGUCAAAGGAUUUUUCUUACAGGGAGGCCCCAUAAUACACCCUCAUUGUCUAACGGCUACGACUUUAGGGUUACAAUCUUGAUCUCCGUCCCUAUGAGAACCAGGAGGCACCUGCAUGCUUCUGAUUGUUGAUGAGUAAGACUGCAGUCCGUCCAUAUCAGAGCCUUUACAUUGGCGAUGCACUUUACUCUCCUCCUCUUUUUCUACACGUUUGGACAGAAAUGCAGAGAGAGGAGGAGCAAGAAAGAGGAGAGACAUAUGCACAAGGCAAAAUCACAGUGUUUCAUUGGGAGAGAAAUUUACAAGAAGAGUGGCACAAGUGUGAUUUUUGAACCAUGCUGAUGUUUUUUUAUGAAUUGCAGAAGCUUACACGUUAUUAGGAAGUAGGUGGUCUGUCCGUCCCUCUGUCAGUAGUAACUGAUGUCUCCUCUGUUUGAAUGAAGCGCACACAGCUGGUCUCUUCUAUAUUUAUAGUUGCUUGACUUGUUCUUGUCUGUUUAAAAAGCUGUCUGAGCAGACAUCUGUCAGUAUUGAGUUAUCUCUGUCUGGACUCAAAAGGGAUCAAAGAUAAUGUGUUGGAGGAGAGUCAAGAAAUUGAGGGUUUGGAGAAAUGUAACUUUGGUUUUUCCCGUAAUAUAUCACACAUCUAAAUGAUUAAUUUAUUUUUUUUAAUGCACAUUUUAGAGAUUGUCACAGAUUGGUGUCACAGUAAUAUUGGUCACACACAUUCAAUCCACCAACGAGUAUUAGCAGGAGCACUGAUAAAGAUGUGCUUUGUGUUAGCUUUGCAGUCUGAUCAGAGCUUCUCUUAGUAAUCUACUCAGUCCAGCAGAGUUCCAGAUUUGCUUGCGAUCAACCUACUUACUGACCCCAGAUGUAUUGUCAGUCUGUUCUCUCCCCUGCCUGGCCUCCAUGUCAGAGGGAUUACCACAGAGCCCCCCACUAUCAGAGCUGAUUCUCUGCUGUAGCUUCACUGCAGGCGUGACUGCUGAGCUGAACUUACUGUUCAGGCCUCAACAGUUUCAUCUUAAAGCUCGUCUGACACUGAGAGAACUACUGUUGUUUCUGUUUCUGUGGAAAUGCAACCUCUCUUUCAGAUGAUAGGUUUACCUGUUGAGCAUGUCAAACCAGUCAAUUUAAGAAAAACAAAUCUCAUCCAUGUGGUCAUCUAUUCUUCUGAAAUUUGUCAAGUCCUUUUUAAUUGCGCAUUCUACUUAAGAGUCCAAAAUCAGAAAGUGAUAUCAUAAUGAAAAUCAGGUAAUACUUUAGAUUAAAGCCUACAAAUUUCAGCAUAACUAUCCACUUAAUAUCUACCAUCACUCAUGUUCAGAUUAAAUCCAAGCAGGUAUGUGUUUAAGAAGGAUUUCCCACUCUCAUUCUUUAAAUUACACAUUUUUGAAUGACUAAAUAUCUUUGUAGUAAUCAUGGAUUACAUUAAGUUUAAUUAAUAAACGACAACACAUUUAUAAUUAGGGUAACAGUGUUGAUAAUGCAAAGAAUUAGUUGUGGUAGAGUGUAUUUUUAAAAUGAAGGUACUCUAAAAGGGUUUAAAUUAUGUAGUGUGUAAAGUCAUUUAAAAAGUACUGAGAGUAUACAUACUCACAAUGCAGCAGAUAUUUUGAUUUAUACCUCCUUUGCACAAAAUAAAUACCGUGUCAUUUGUGGGCUUUUAUCUGAAGUGUUAGGUGAAGAUCAUACACGAACACACGAGCAGGAUGAUUAUGUUAAGUCUGUGUUGCCUCAGAAGUUUGCAUCUUAAUUGUUGUAAAUUUUGUACAGUUUGAAAACAUGUUGAUCGUCUUGUUUCAUGAGUGCUAUUUAUUAUUGCCAUGUGUCUUUGAAAAAGAUGUAAAAGAGAGCACUGACUUUAUUCAUUUAUGCCUUCUGUGUAAUGGUAUGAACCGUGUACAGUCAAAUCUAUAUGAGGAAAAUAAAGCUGAAUUGUCUUUGGG